AUGAAGUGUUUGGUAUUGUUGUUGGCUGCUUUCGUAGCCGUGUCUGCUGAUGAUUAUGAAGAAGAAUUGGAUACUUCACCCGUUCUCGCAAUUCCCUUCAUCGGAGGUCAGGGAUUAGGAGGAGUCGGACAUGGUGGAUUUGGUGGUGCAGGAGGCUACGGACUCGGAGCCCUCAGAGGUCACGGAUACGGCAAGGGAGCAUACGGUGGUUUGGGACACGCCGCCGGUGGAUACGGUGGAUUGAAGGGCUACGGAAUCCACGGAGUAGGCAAACACGGUGCAGGAGGUGGAUACGGAGCCGGUGCAGGAAUCCACGGUUUGGCAGGCAAGGAAGGUGCUUUCGGAGGAAAGUUCGCCGGUGGACAUACCACAGCCGUCACCAAAGAGAAGACCUUCGCCCUUAAUCAGGAUUACGGCAGUGGUGCCAAGGGAGGAUACGGCCUCGGUUUUGGUGCCGCUGGAGCUGCCAAACACGGUGGUGCCUAUGGAGGAGAAGCCGGAUUGGGAUACGGAGGAGCGGGAGCUCUCGGUGGAUACGGAGGAUACGGACACUCCGGACACGGAGAGGGUGCCGAUCAUACUUUCGGUACCAGCAUCGACUCUUUCGGAAAAUUCGGAAAGAUCAUCGGUGGAGCCGGAAAGGGUGGCGUUGGACACGGUGGCACUGGCGGUGCUGGUAUACCAUUUGUUGAGUGUUUAUGUACCCAGGUAUUGUUGUUGGCUGCUUUCGUAGCCGUGUCUGCUGAUGAUUAUGAAGAAGAAUUGGAUACUUCACCCGUUCUCGCAAUUCCCUUCAUCGGAGGUCAGGGAUUAGGAGGAGUCGGACAUGGUGGAUUUGGUGGUGCAGGAGGCUACGGACUCGGAGCCCUCAGAGGUCACGGAUACGGCAAGGGAGCAUACGGAGGUUUGGGACACGCCGCCGGUGGAUACGGUGGAUUGAAGGGCUACGGAAUCCACGGAGUAGGCAAACACGGUGCAGGAGGUGGAUACGGAGCCGGUGCAGGAAUCCACGGUUUGGCAGGCAAGGAAGGUGCUUUCGGAGGAAAGUUCGCCGGUGGACAUACCACAGCCGUCACCAAAGAGAAGACCUUCGCCCUUAAUCAGGAUUACGGCAGUGGUGCCAAGGGAGGAUACGGCCUCGGUUUUGGUGCCGCUGGAGCUGCCAAACACGGUGGUGCCUAUGGAGGAGAAGCCGGAUUGGGAUACGGAGGAGCGGGAGCUCUCGGUGGAUACGGAGGAUACGGACACUCCGGACACGGAGAGGGUGCCGAUCAUACUUUCGGUACCAGCAUCGACUCUUUCGGAAAAUUCGGAAAGAUCAUCGGUGGAGCCGGAAAGGGUGGCGUUGGACACGGUGGCACUGGCGGUGCUGGUAUACCAUUUGUUGGUUAG